GUCCACCCCCGGAACGACCCUCUCACCGAAAGCAGAGAAGUUGGCCAAGGCCGAGGCACCCCCUGUGGUAUAUGCAGGCUGUACCUUGAGAAUUUAUGCCACCUAAUAUCUCCUUUGGCGGGCAAAGGACGAUGAUAUUGACACUCGUGUAGAACCCGCGGAAGCAAUCGACGAGCCCAUUUAUGACCUUGACACAGUGAAAGCUGCAAAAGUUUGUUCCUCCUAUACCUGUAGGCUUCCUGAUUCUCAUCGAUGCAGGUGGAGUUGAAGCAUCUCCAGAGUCUGACAGUAGACACGUCAGACCUUAGUAAGGACCACGAACUACAAACCGCGCCUCUCAUCACGAGAGAAGCGUAUAUCACUGCUGGAUACAAGAAACAUUCUACACAAUAUGGAGUGAUGGGUCAGGUGUUGUCAAUACAUACCUACGUCCCUGUAGAUCCUAGACUCUAUGUCAACACGAAUACACCGUUCACUGCUGUAGUGUGUGGAGUACAAGGCUCGGGAAAAUCACAUACAGUUUCGGUCCUCCUCGAAAACAUGCUCAUUCCGAAACUCCAGGAAAUAGGCUCCCUGCAGCAGCCUCUAGCAGGACUCGUUCUCCACUUUGGGGAAGGUGGUAUCUGUUCCCUUCCGAGCGAGGCUGCAUGGGUAGGUGUCCCGUCAACGGAGGGUGUAAGGACGCCGAAAGUGCGAGUCUUCGUGUCAAAGUCUUCCCUAAAUACUAUGAAGAGUGUUUACGCUCCUCUCGGAAAUAACGUUGAAGUAGUUCCUUUACUAUUCAACGAGGCAGAGUUGGAUGCACAAGCUUUUCUAUCUAUGAUGGCCGUUGGGUCGUCAGAUUCAGCGCCACUUUACAUCCAGAUUGUUCUCAGCAUUCUCCGAGAUUUGGGGGAGAGAUUCUCGUACAAACUAUUCAUGGAGAGACUUGACGAAGAGAAGAGAACAUUCAACCCCGCGCAAAUUACCGGUCUUGAGCAGCGUCUGACCCUCCUGAACUCGUUCAUGGAGCCCAAUCGUCCGCAGCAAGCCACUUUUGGUUCAAGGACGUACGCCAAUAUCAGUGGGCCCAGAUCAAAUGUUAUUGCUCCCAAAUCGACAUCGCAUCGUUUCGCUGCGGGACAUUUGACCAUUGUUGAUUUAUCGGAUCCAUUCAUUGACCCAGGUUCUGCGUGUGGCUUGUUCGAGAUCGUCACGAGGCUAUUCGUGAGGGCUGAGGUUGAGACUGGAAAGGUUCUUGUCGUCGAUGAAGCCCACAAGUACUUGUCCACGAACAGAGGUGUUUCAGGGCUAACCAAGGCCCUUUUUACCCUCACGAGAGAGCAGAGGCAUUUAGGGAUGCGUGUCAUCAUUUCUACCCAAGAGCCAACUGUAGUGCCACCCGUUCUGUUAGACUUGUGUACCGUCGCUAUCAUGCAUCGAUUUUCUUCUCCGGCGUGGUGGGACCACCUUGCACGGCACAUUUCUGCCGACGUGUCUGUAGAUGCAGCAUUUGACACGGUUGUUAAGCUCCAGACUGGCCAGGCGAUUGUUUUUGCGCCAUCAGGGCUUGGCGUGUUCCCUCAGGAUGCAGAAAUUCCUGGUCCGAGGAGAGUUAAAGGAGAUACCCCGACUGCCUUGAAGAUGAGCCAAUUUGGAAGACGUUACAUUAUCAUGAAGACACGCGCUCGCGUCACGAAAGACGGAGGGACAUCGGUUCUUGCUGUUCCUCGUCAAGAAGAGAGCGAGGAGUCUGAGAGCGAGGAGUCUGAGAGAAAGGUGUCUGAGAGCGAAGAGUCUGAGAGCGAAGAGGAGGUAUCUGAACCCGAGGAAUCUGAGGAUGAGGAAUCUGAAUAA